UAUGGUAAAUGGACUGCACUUAUAUAGAACUUUUAUCCAAAGCACUUUACACUACAGACUACGCUCAUUCACCCGACAGUAAAAUAUUUAAAAUAUAUAUAUAUUUUUUUUUUCUGAUUAAAGACGCUUUUCAUUGUACUAUUUCAAAAUCAGCUUCCUAUGGAAUAUAACUCGUGAAAAUGAAGGAAGUCAUAAUUUCAACACCAACAUUUACAUCUAUUUGGAAAGUACCAUGACAACAGUAAAGAGUAGCCAUUAGGAUGUUUCCCACUAAGGACAGACCUCUGACAUCUCUCAGAACCGCCAGUGUUCUUCAACACAUCGCUGUCUUCCUUCUCCUGACACACUCUUGGCGAGGUGAGUCUAAGAAGAUUGAUCAACCUCGUCAGGUCAUAGUGAUGGUCGGUGAUGACAUCGUUUUGCCGUGUAACCUGGAAACUGCCAUGAAUGCUGUUUCCAUGACAAUAGAGUGGGGGAGACUGGACCUGGACCCCAGAUUUAUCUUCCUGUGGCAUGAAGGACAGGAACUUCAAUCUGAACAAAACGAGGCCUACAAGGGAAGAUCGUCACUGUCCAUCAGCAACAUGAAACACGGAGACAUUUCACUGAAACUGUCCCCAGUGAAGAUCUCUGAUAACGGGACAUACAGAUGCCACAUCCCAAAACUGAGUCAACAAUAUUUUGUAGAGCUUCUUGUUGGUGCCAUCUCCUCACCUGCUAUCAGCCUAGCAGGCAUUGAUAAAACCAGCAGUGGAGUUCUGUUAGACUGUGAGUCUUCUGGCUGGUAUCCAGAGCCUGAGGUGUUGUGGCUGGACGGUGAGGGAAAGCUCCUCUCUGCUGGACCUACAGAGACAGUCAGAGGUCCUGAUGACCUCUAUACUGUCAGCAGCAGAGUGACUGUGGAGAAGAGACACAGCAACAGCUUCACCUGUAGAGUCCACCAGAAGGACACCAACCACACCACAGAGACACACAUCACUGUUCCAGAGGAUUUCUUCAUGGUUUCUUCCUCUGGUUGUGCUGCCUCUACCACCAUUAGUGUGCUGUUUGCUAUAAUGUUUGUCUUGGCAGUCGGCUGUAUUGUCUGGAAAUGGAGACAAAACAAAUCUGGGAUCAAGACACAGAACAAGAGUCAAGAUGAAGAGACACGUCAAGACAAAGAUACCACGGAGCAGCAGGGUUUGAUGGAAGCAAGAGUGAGAGAACAGCUCAUGGCAGACAACAAGAAAAUGAAGGAGGAGUUACAGAAGAAAGAGACAGAUAUGACACAGGUUAUCAAAACUCUGCAGGAUCUGGAGAACGAAAUGAAGAAUGAACUGAAGAUGCAGAAUGAGAAACACAUCGAACAACAGCUGAAGGCAGUGAAACAAGUAGAGAUGAAUGAAGAGAAGAUUAAUUCAGUGGAGAAAGAAAUAAGAGAGAAGGAGGGAGAUUUAACAGUUAACAGAGGUCUGGUAUACUUACAACUCAAAGAAACCAUCACACAGAACAACUGGUACCUGAGCGAGAGAAAAGAAGAACUUCAAAAACUGCACAUGGCCACAGACAAUCUAAUACAGAUGACAUAUAAUAAAAUUAAAACAAUUACAGGGAAGGAAGAGAAGGAAGACUGAAACAGAGAACCACAGGGAGCAGAUAAAGAGACAACUGGAGGACACAAAGAGAGAGAAAGAGAUUCUGAGGAAGGAGAUGGGACAAAAACAAAAUCCUUAAACAUAAGAUCACUAUCAUCAAUCUUAGUCUGUUCUUAAUUAAAUCAACUAUAACUUGAUACUCUAGAAUAGUAAAGUAUGAGGACAGUGUGAAAUGUACCGUUCGUACUGAUGAACCUAAAGAGAAUUAAAAGACAAAAGCAGCCAUUUAAAAAAACUGAUUUAAAUUAUUUAGUUAUUUUGUUUGUUAAUCAAAAAUAAACAAUAAUGCAAAACAGUUGAAAAGUGCAUGCAUUGUAUGUUUUGAAGCACAAUUAGAUUUGUACAGUUUUUAACUGACGACAUUAAAAGUUUGUAUCUGUGAAUGUUUGAUUUUAUUGAAAAGUUGUUAUUGUGUUUUUUGGUUUGUUUUUUUACAGAGUAUUUGCAGUUGUUUGUAUUUUAAUAUGGAAUUGCUUGCCUGCAUUUUUGUGUUUUAAUUGUUUAAAUUAUAGUCACAAUAUGUAUUUGAACAAUGUUAGCAAGAGAUAUAGUGUAAAUACAACAGAAGUACUGUAUAAACGUUGCUGUUUCAUAUUGUUUGUUUAAAAUCACGUCACUUUCAUCAUGUCAAAUAUUUUCAAAUAAAAAUGGACCAACAUAUACAUGUAUUGACGCAUAGUUAUUUUUUUCUGACUGA